AUAAAAUUUUCUCUCAGAAAGAAAAAAAAGCACAAUCUUUUUUUUUCUUUCUUUUAUCUAUCACAUUCAAUGCUAUCUGUUACUUUAGCUUUGGGAUAUUUGUCAAUACCAGUUAUUAUUGAAAAUAGUGUAUAUACGACGAUAUCAAAAUAUGACCAACCAAGCUGGAAGUAUGGCUCAACACUAUCUAUAUCUUCUUUUGUCCAACAACCACCUUUCAAUUGGCCUACCAUCAGUAAACACGUCUUAAAGUUAUCACCGACUGUUAUUGCUUCAGGAGAAGAUGAACUCUAUCAACUUUUGACUACAUCACUUUCUUGCGAUCCUACAGAAAAGUCAGCACUUUAUGCCCUCAUCACCUUCGAUUCGACUUCGACUUUAUUCACAAAUACGGCAGCUAGUUCACUAUCCGAUCAAAAAUAUAUUGGCAUCAUUUCGACCAUGAACAAUAACUCUGAUGUACUUUCUUUACAAAUUGUACAAACUUUACCAUUCCUCAAGAGAAAGAAUCCACCAAGUUAUUUACUUCAAAAGAAACCAACAAGUUAUGUUCCACUGGAUAUGAAAACCUGGUCUACCUACCCUAUGGAAAUCCUACACUGCUGUCAGAAAUAUCACAAUAAUCCGGAUGCACCAAUACAGUUACAACAAAUCGCCCUUAAAAUAUACAAUAUAGCAAGACUUUACGGAUACUGGGACCUUUGGCGUGUCUUGGAAGGUAUAUGUUUCCCGACAAACCCUUUUUAUUUUAAUUUAUUUUACUAUUUUUAUUUUAUUAUACUUUCUUCUCCUGCUCUCCUAAUUUUUUUUUUUUUGAUAUUACCUCCAGAAUACUAUCAAGAGCAAAUACUAUUACUCCUUGAAUUUGAUAGUGAAGAAAACUUUAUUUCUACUUUGGAAAAUGGUGAAUUCAAGAUUGAUGAAAAGAUGGUUAGUAUCACUUGUUAUGAAGCUCUCAGGGGUUGUCCUAGUAUGAAAGAAACGUUGAAAGCCAUGGGUGCUGAUUACGAUAAGAUGUGACUUUGUACUUACUGAUGAUCGUUUCUUCUGGUAGAUCUCAUGUAAAUAGAAUAUUAGAAUAGGUGAUGAUUAGUUAGAUAUUGAUUCUUCUUUAUUUCUUUUUUUUUUUAGGUUUCAUAGUUGAUCACGUCUGCCCUGAAGUUUAUGCUGAUGAUAUACGUUUACUAUAC